CAACUUUCGUCUACACUACGGCGAUUUGUGCAGUACGACGGUCCUCGACAUGACAGUCUUUUGAUCCAAGUAUAGUUCUGCGUUCGGGAAAAGAUGUCAAUUUAGAAGAGCAGAAGAGGAGAAACUAACCUAUUGGUGUAUUCAGUCAUAUUUUUUUCAAUAGAACAGAAUAUAGGUUUGAAGAAUAAAUAAUGGCGCGAGAGAUAUUGACCAUUCAAUUGGGACAUUAUGCUAAUUUUAUUGGCAUGCAUUGGUGGAAUCUGCAGACUUCCAAUUUCACGUACGAUCCGAAAGAUCUAGCUGAAGUAAAUCACGAUGUGCUGUACAGGGAAGGUGAAAAUCUGCAGUUGCAUUUCGCAGAGACAAGUUACAUUUACACCGCGAGUAUUGAUAGCAGAUUUAAAAGGAGGAAUAGGCUCUAUGUAUGAACAAGGUAUCUUAUAUGAUACGGAGCCGACGAGCAUAGAAUCUGCCUCGAAUAACCGACUAUGGGACGGCGGAAAAUUGGAAAUCGCCAGCACCGAAAUACCUAAUCUGGAAACACCGUCUACAGAGGCUUUGAACGAACCAGAUGAAGCUAAGCAUUCAACUUCGAGUGAUGACGAAAAUGACAUGAAAUCAUCAUGGGCUGAUUAUCUUUUACCUUUGUUUCAUCCGAGGUCAUUGGCAGUUAUCAAAGAAUAUUCGCAUAAUUGUAAGAAUCGACCGUUCGAUAUAUUCACAUAUGGUUGCAAUUUAUGGAAAACAGAGCAGUUCUCCGAUGACUUUUCAGACAGGAUAAGAUCUUAUGUAGAAGAGUGCGAUUUGAUGCAAGGGUUUCAUGUACUCGCGGACUCCACCGACGGCUUCGCCGGUCUCGGGGCCUCUUGUAUUCAACAUUUACGCGACGAGUACGGGAAAAGUAUCUUGACAUUCCCAUGCGUGGACUUCAAUAACGCCGAUCCGAGUGCGUCCGACCUGAUCAAGGUUGUCAAUACGGCGUUGUGCUGGCGGCACAUCGGGGAGCACUCGUCGCUCUACAGUCCGCUCUCUUGCGGGCAGAUUGGCUGGCCGUUCGCGGCUGACCCGCGCAAAUUCGACAGCGUAACGUACAAGCCGGAACUCAAGUAUCACAGUAGCGCGAUACUGGCGACCGCCUUGGACACGUUGACUCUGAGAUACAGGACUAAGAAGUAUCCGAAUGUCAGUUUGUCCGACCUGUGCGCCGACCUGAACAAAUUGGGCCGCCGAGCGGCGGCCACCAGCCUGAGCCUGCCGUUCCCCAUGAAGAUGAAGACUGAUCUGAUAGACAUGUUGGACGAAUUCGAAGGGCCGUUGUGGACAAGCCUGACGCCGAGCUGCGACAUACCGAUGGACGAUAAUAUGCAGAGCAUAGCGUUGCGAGGGGUUCCCCAGGAUCGAAUGAAGCGACCCAUCCAGCAGGCCAGCAGGCAGAUAUCCAAGCCAGCCUACCGAUGCUCCAGCGUGCACGAGAUGAUGACGUUUUAUCUGGCGUGCACGUGUCACGCGUCGGCCACUUAUUUCACCGACGUCGAGGCGCCCCUCAAAAUCGCCGAUCCGUACCCAAAGAUAUUCGAUAAUAAUGUAACCGAAGACGGCAGCAUCGCCGGCUGGCCCGUAGGAGCUGAUGUGAAGUCGGUUGCGGUGAUGGCUGGGAUGCACAGCAGCGGCAGCAUCGCGGCGAUGUACGAGACACUGCUCAAGCAAAUCAAGAGAAUAAGAAGUAUCAAGAAGUUACACGCCUUCACGGAUUCCGGGCUGGACGAGGACGAAUUCGCGGAAUGCGUUCACAAUUUGCAGGAUUGCAAAGAGGCGUACGAGGAUCAUUACAUCUGAGAGAGACCGAAACAGUAUUGUAACUUGCGAUUGCGAUUUUUAUCCCUUUCUUUUUUUUUUUCAAUAAAACAGUUUUACGUA